GCAGCCCUCUCGGCUUCUACCUUUCUUUUGCUAUAAAGAACAAUUCCUUUCCCACUCAUGCAGGCCAACACAGCUCUAUUCUCCUCCAUUAAUGGCAAAGCAGAGGAGAUUCUGUGAAGUUUGAAACAGAGGAAGAGAAGGAGAUGGAUAUUGAAAGGCCAAGCUUCAUCAGAAACGGAGUAGUGAGACUUCCACCUGGAUUCAGGUUCCACCCAACUGAUGAAGAACUGGUGGCGCAGUACCUUAAAAGGAAGGCCUUUUCCUGCCCAUUGCCUGCCGCAGUUAUUCCUGAGAUCAACCUCUCCGAGUUCGAUCCUUGGGAUUUGCCAGGUGAGAACGAAGGAGACAGAUACUUUUUCAAUUUGGUAGAGAGAUCCACGUACCACCGUAGCAACCGAGCGGCUGGCUCUGGCUACUGGAAGGCUAGGGGAAAGCCAAGGUCGGUGGUGGCGCCGGCGAGCAAAGAGCUGGUGGGGAUGAAGAGGGUGCUCGUCUUCCACCGGUGGAAGUCACCGCGAGGUUCACGAAGAGGGCUGCGUCGCGGCGAUUUUGACGAAGAGGGUUUUCUCGUAGAAACUUUUUGGUCUUCAGCGUCACGUGUUUCUCACGAGCAACGCUGUUUCAGGUUGUCAUUUUCUGCGUGGAACAAAGGGUUUGAAGAGUUUCGGGACAGAAGAUUUGAACUGAUAAAAUGGAUAGAACAUUAUUCUGGAGAGCAUUCAUAA